AUGGGCGGAUUAGUCCUCAUGGACAGGACGCCGGUACUUCUCACGGAGGAAGAGCACUCAAAAAGAAAUCGUGAAGGACAGCUGAUAGACUACAGGACAAAGCUGGUUCCGCGGAUAAGAUAUGGUUUUAUGCGACUCCUGUUGUACUUUGAUGAGACAGCCUAA